UAGAAGUUUAUCUCUGCAUGGUUAUGGCAUUGAAGUGAAACAAGUUUAUAUCUCAAGGACUCACAGGAAUGUGAGUCCUUGCAUCAGGGUUAUAGAGUGUGACAGUGUCUACUGUGGGGGAAUGAACUCUCUGCUAUCCACCUGACUCACUGAGUGUGUGCGGAUGGAGAAAAAUGUGUGAGAAGCCCACGUCUAUGGAGAAGUCACACAUGACUCGAUCUACAGGUGUCUGUAGGCGAAGCAAGUUUACAUUUAAAUGCAUGGCUUCUUUUUUAUUCAGAUUGUAUUUUAUGCUACCUGUCUCUCUGUCUCUCGUACUCGCUCUUCCUUUUCUCUUUCUCUCCAUUCCUUUUCUCUUUAUUGCUUUUAUCUUUCUCUCCUUUUCUCUCCAUCUCUUACUAAACCUCUCUGUUUGACUGUAAUCCAUCCAUCCAGGUCUGUUUUUGGAUCAUCUUUCACGUUCUCCCUUCACUUAAUUUGUAACCGGGUAAACUGAUUAGACCUAAUUGUCUCACCCUACAUACUAAAAUCCAUGUUUUUCUUAGCUCAAAUGCAAUAAUGAAGUUGAGUGAUGAUGAGACCAUCUACAUGUAGCCAUUAGCUACAGCCCACUGCCGGAAAGUCUUUAUUCUAGAUUCUGUAUAUGGGGACAGAGUUUUAGGGAUCCAACAAAAUCGAUUUAGCUAGAAAGGGAUGGUUUAUUGAUUUGAAAUUGGUAGAAUUUGAAAAAAGGUGUUAGUUAUCCUCAACACUCUUGCUGGUCUCAGUUCAUGUCAUUACUGGUGAAUGUUUUCAUGACUAAAAGUUACACAGAUACACAACAGAUGGGGUACGUGAUGAAAAACACAGUGAAGGCAAUGAAAUAGUGGCAUUAACAGAGAGACAGUAAUUCGAUUGGCAGAACGCUGAAAUUAAAUGGCUCCAGAUAAUCAGCGAGAGAGAGAGAGAGGUGAUAUUUUGUAUAUAAACCCACAACCUUUAAGAUUGAUGGUUGAACAAUACAAUACCCACUGGGCAAGAACUGGUUGAAUCAACAUAGUUUCCACGUCAUUUCAACAACAAAAAAUAUAUGUGACAACAUUGAAUCAACGUGGAAAGCUGAUUGGAUUUGAAAAAAUGUCACCAAACUAUUAACCUAAAUCCAAUUACAUGGUGAAAUGUUUUGUUGAUUUCACGUUGAAUUUAGGUUGGCAAAUGGAAAUCAAAACCAGAAGUUGGACUGACUGUGGGUAUUUAUUUUCUACUUGGAUUCAUUUGGUAAUAUGUUAACUCUAGCAUGCUUUCCCAACCCCUUUCAUUCCUGUAUGUUGGCUGGCAAGAAACGAUACACCCCAAUCAAAGUUCAUUCUCCUGAAACGUAAACGUGUGCUGGAUCAAAUCAAAUCUAUGGGAAUGUUAUUCCACUGAGAGUUACAGGAGCCGAAUGUGGGUCAUUGGGCUCCCCUUGAUAAGGAAGGUUGCUCAAUAAAUACAGUAGUUCUAAGAUUUGAAUGAAAUACAGUUAUCUGCCAUUCUCUAUGCGAAGGUGGUCUCAUUGACUAGUUGGAAAAUCUGCAGUUUUCACUGAGCAAACAACUUACUCAUCAUCAGUCAGAAGUUAAUUGCGGGGGAAAGUUCAAUAUCUAUUGCUGUCUGCUUCCUCGCACCUCAUAUAACUGCAGUCAGUGGGCAAGAGAUACAUCACUGGUAGUUUAUUUUCUGCAUAUCCUCACAACCUGGCUGGGAGUCCUCACAUUACCGACUUCAACUGACUAUGGACAUGGAAGAAGCUCUCAACAGCACCAUCCAUCCGAGCUGUUUAGAAGAACCUCCGCUGGCUAUCCAUGUCAUAAAGCAGCUGGAUGUCUUUGGUGUGGCUCUGUACUCCAUGCUGACCCUCAUGUCUACGCUGUCCCUGCUGCUCUACCUGGAGGAGUGUGUGUUUAUCUAUAGAAAAGUCCCGUCUCCUAAGAAGACAACUAUUAUGUGGGUCAAUGGUGCUGCACCGGUCAUUGCCACCAUGGCUUGUUUUGGGAUGUGGAUACCAAGGGCUACCAUGUUUACAGAUAUGACGUCCAAUUCGUACUUUGCAGUGGUGGUGUAUAAGAUCUUGGUUCUGAUGAUAGAGGAGAGUGGGGGUAGUGAGGCCUUUCUGAAGAGCAAUGCCCAGAAAACCUUCAAUAUCAGUGUAGGACCCUGCUGCUGCUGCUGUCCCUGCUUGCCACGCGUUCCAGUCACACGGUGCAUGUUAUUCUUGCUGAAGCUGGGGGCUCUUCAGUAUGCUAUCUUAAAGACAGUCCUCUCAAUUGUGUCCGUAAUAUUGUGGACCAACGGCAACUUUGAUCUUUCUGAUCUGGAGAUCACAGGCACGGCUAUUUGGAUCAACCCAUUUAUAGGUGUUCUCACCAUCAUCUCCCUCUGGCCUGUCGCCAUCAUGUUCAUGAACAUAUGCAACACACUGCGCAGCAUCAAGAUCAUACCUAAAUAUGCCAUGUACCAGUUGGUGCUGGUGCUCAGUCAGCUGCAGACGGCCAUCAUUAACAUCCUGGCCUUGGAUGGAACCAUCGCCUGCUCCCCGCCAUUCUCCUCUAGUGCCCGUGGUACCAUGUUGAGUCAGCAGCUAAUGAUCUUGGAAAUGUUCAUCAUUACCCUGGUGACCCGGUCGUUGUACCGCCGUACCUAUGACUCUCUUCCCACCGACCCCCACGAGACCGACAACGACCAGAACAGCAAGAUCAGCCUGCAGGCCCCAGAGGGGGAGCACACUGUCUGAGAGAUUGGGGUGGAGUGAGAGGGAGAGGGGUGUGUGUGUGUGUGUGUGUGUGUGUGUGUGUGUGUGUGUGUGUGUGUGAGUGUGCGUGUGUGCGUUAAAGAAAGAGAGAGGGAUUCUCUACCAAACAUUUACACUAUUGUUUUACUUGUAUAUUAAUUUUGUUUUGAUGGUGUGAUACUGUAUAUUCUGCUGUUCAAGUUGUUGGUUAGUCUUGUAUGCGAUGAAACUUACUGUAUAUUAAAAGUUGACCUGCAUUAUGCUGAAUAUAAUAUUAGAACAUAUACCUCAAACAACAUGUCUGUCCCAUCCAUAGUUCCUCAAGUUGCCUCAGCUCUCAACACGGCUAUGUGGAGUUUGGUGUGUGAGGGUGUUGGAAAGAGAUGGAGUUUAUAAACAAAAGUGGGUUAAUGGGGGUGUGAAAUAUGUAUUUUAUAUUCAUAUCAAUAAAUAUAGUGAAUUACAACUAG